GUACGAAAGAGCCCUAACAAAGACAGAUCGUUGACAUACGAGAAUAUCGUAAAUGAAAAAAUGAAGAUAAAAGAAGAGUUAGAAACGAAAUAUUCGGACUUCACAAUUGAACAAAACGACGAAAAAUUUAAAGUUGAUUUUAAAAAUUUCAAGAAAGAAUUUAACACAGAUGUGAAGUGUUCUAAAACAAUUAAAUCAGAACCUUUAGAGAUAAAUAUUAAAAGAGAACCAAUUUCCACAAACGACACAAAUGGAUCCUCUGUUUGGAGUCAUUCUGGUUAUAAAAUCGAAAGAGAUAUCAAGAAAGAAGAAGUAAAAGAUAAUUUUGAUGUAAAACAUGGAAUAAAAUCAGAAUUUAAAGUUGAUUUGAAAAAAUUGAAGAUUGAAGUAAAGACUGAAGAUUAUAAAGAGGAUGUUCAUUUCCCAGAUGAUGAUGAACACGUAUUGCCUGUCAACAAUGAAUUCUUCACUCCGGACGAAAACUUUAACAGGGAUGAAGUGAACAUCCAAAUUCAGGAGGAAGAGCACAUUCAGGAAUUUAAUAUUCACCAGAAUUCAGAAAAAGAAAAAAGUUUUAAAUAUAAUAUCAGAACAAAGAAGAACAUUCCUUCGAGUAGAAAAUGGAAUAAAAUUCAUGAUAAGAUCAAAAGGAAAUAUUUUAAAGUGAUGUUCGCAUUUCAUUCUAAAGAAGAAUUUACGUGUGAAUUAUGUAAACAGACAUUUACAAAUAAGAGAAUAUUAGAAACACAUCUGUUCUGUCAUAUCAGAAAAAAGCCAUUUUGCUGCAAAACCUGCAAUGAGAAGUUUUUGUGGCAAUUUCUUUUGCGAAGACACAUGAAAGAACACCAAACUGAAAAUAAAAACGAAAUCUCUGAUAUGAAUUUACAUUUGCAGCCAUCUGGAAAUCGAGUGAAGUUAUCUCUAAGAAAUAGUAAAAAAUUUAAUAUUCAGAGGAAAAACGACAUUUGUGGUAAGCGCGUACAAUAUGGUAAAAGCUGUUUAGAGAUACAGAAGAGAAUACAAAAAGUUCAUGCCUGCAAAAUAUGUGGACAAGAAUUUAAAUUGAAAUGCCUAUUGUUACGUCAUGGAGCACGACAUAAUGAAGAACGUCCUUUCAAAUGCGAUAUUUGUAAUAAGGGUUUUAAAAGCAAAAUAGAAGUAAAAAUUCAUCAAGAAACUCAUAGCGAAGAACGUCCUUUCAAAUGCGAUAGUUGUAAUAAGGGUUUUAAAAGAAAAGUUGCACUAAAAAGGCAUCAGGAAACUCAUAGUGAAGAACGUCCUUUCAAAUGCGAUAUUUGUAAUAAGUGUUUUAAACAGAAAUGUGUACUAAAAAGCCAUCAAAAUAUUCAUAGUGAAAAACGUCUAUUCAAUUGCGAUAUUUGUAAUAAGGAUUUUAAAUUGAAAGGUCAACUAAAAAACCAUCAAAAUAUUCAUAGUGAAGAAUGUCAUUUCAAAUGCGAUAUUUGUAAUAAGGGAUUUAAACAAAAAUAUACCUUAAAAAUGCAUUACAAAACUCAUAGUGAAGAACGUCAUUUCAAAUGCGAUAUUUGUAAUAAGGGAUUUAAACAAAAAUAUACCUUAAAAAUGCAUUACAAAACUCAUAGUGAAGAACGUCCUUUCAAAUGCGAUAUUUGUAAUAAGGGAUUUAAACAAAAAUAUACCUUAAAAAUGCAUUACAAAACUCAUAGUGAAGAACGUCCUUUCAAAUGCGAUAUUUGUAAUAAGGGAUUUAAACAAAAAUAUACCUUAAAAAUGCAUUACAAAACUCAUAGUGAAGAACGUCCUUUCAAAUGCGAUAUUUGUAAUAAGGGAUUUAAACAAAAAUAUACCUUAAAAAUGCAUUACAAAACUCAUAGUGAAGAACGUCAUUUCAAAUGCGAUAUUUGUAAUAAGGGAUUUAAACAAAAAUAUACCUUAAAAAUGCAUUACAAAACUCAUAGUGAAGAACGUCCUUUCAAAUGCGAUAUUUGUAAUAAGGGAUUUAAACAAAAAUAUACCUUAAAAAUGCAUCACAAAACUCAUAGUGAAGAAAGUCUUUUCAAAUGCGAAAUUUGUAAUAAGGGUUUUAAUAAAAAAAGUAUACUAAAAAAGCAUCAAAAUAUUCAUAGUGAAGAACGUCUUUUCAAAUGCGAAAUUUGUAAUAAGGGUUUUAAUAAGAAAAGUAUACUAAAAAACCAUAAAAAUAUUCAUAGUGAAGAACGUGCUUUCAUUUGCGAUAUUUGUAAUAAAAGAUUCCAACAAAAAAAUGACUUAAAAAGACAUUACAAAACUCAUAGUGAUAAACCUUUUUUUAAUUGCAAUAUUUGUAAUAAGGGUUUUAAACAGAAAGAGGAACUAAAAACGCAUAAAAAAACUCAUAGUGAAGAACGUCCUUUUAAAUGCGAUAUUUGUAAUAAGGGUUUUAAAUGGAAAUUCCAUCUAAAAAACCAUCAAAAUAUUCAUAGUGAAGAACGUCCUUUCAUUUGCGAUAUUUGUAAUAAAAGAUUCAAACAAAAAAAUGACUUAAAAAGACAUUACAAAACUCAUAGUGAUAAACGUGCUUUCAUUUGCGAUAUUUGUAAUAAAAGAUUCCAACAAAAAAAUGACUUAAAAAGACAUUACAAAACUCAUAGUGAUAAACCUUUUUUUAAUUGCAAUAUUUGUAAUAAGGGUUUUAAACAGAAAGAGGAACUAAAAACGCAUAAAAAAACUCAUAGUGAAGAACGUCCUUUUAAAUGCGAUAUUUGUAAUAAGGGUUUUAAAUGGAAAUUCCAUCUAAAAAACCAUCAAAAUAUUCAUAGUGAAGAAAGUCUUUUCAAAUGCGAUAUUUGUAAUAAAGGUUUUAAAUGGAAAGUAUAUCUAAAAAGCCAUCAAAAUAUUCAUAGUGAAGAACGUCCUUUUAAAUGCGAUAUUUGUAAUAAAGGUUUUAAAUGGAAAGCGCAACUAAAACCCCAUCAUAAAACUCAUACUGAUGAACGUAACUAUUCUUCUCAGGUAUGUAACAAAACUGUUUAAAACCAAAGAAAAAAAAUGUUUAAUAAUUCAUAAAAUCGUCUAUAAUGAGAAAUUUAAUCAUACUUUUGAUAUAUUAAACAAAUAUUUUUAAACAGAACAUUAUUUGCCACGUCAUGAAGUAAUAAAUAAUCAAUUUGAUCAUACGUAAUACGUACAACUCCCAACGUGUUGAAGGUGUCACGUGAUACUAUUUCACACACUGACGUGAAAAUGGUAGUUUCAAGUUUUAACUCACGUGGUUUCCUUUUUCACGAUGUGAGUUGCUACUCACGUUGAGUUGACAUGUGAGAUCGCUACAAGAAUGUGAAAAUGGUUAACGGAUACGCAAUUCCUAUCGCUAUAGAAGAGUUAGAAAGAGCGGGAAGACGUCUGAGAAGGCGACGAAUUUUUCGACCACCAGUAGAUGCCAUUUUUUUCGU